AUGCCGGCAGCAAUGACAGCUGCUGUGUCGCUGGUGGGAAGCCAAGGCGUUUUCUCAGCCACCGAGGUCCUCCUUGCGGCUGCUGUCUUCUGCCUGGUCUUCCUGCUCAUCCAGUCCCUCCGGCAGCACGUGCCCCAGGGGCUGAAGAGCCCCCCAGGACCCAGAGGCUACCCCAUCCUCGGCAACGUGCUGGAGCUGAGGAAGGACACGCACCUGGCCCUGACCAGGCUCAGCCAGAAGUACGGGGACGUGAUGGAGGUCAGGAUCGGCACCCGGCCCGUCCUGGUGCUGAGCGGGCUGGACACCAUCAAGCAAGCCCUGGUGAAGCAAGGAGAAGACUUCAUGGGGCGCCCUGACCUCCACAGCUUCCAAUACAUUUCGAACGGCCAGAGCCUGGCCUUCAGCCCCGACUCAGGGGAGGUGUGGAAAGCCCGCAGAAAGCUGGCCCAGAACGCCCUGAAGACCUUCUCCAUCGCCCCCAGCCCCACCUCCUCUUCCACCUGCCUCCUGGAGGAGCACGUCUCCAAGGAGGUUGACUACCUGGUCACCAAGUUGCUGCAGCUGAUGGAUGAGGAAAAGAGCUUUGACCUUAACCGGUACCUGGUGGUCUCUGUGGCCAACAUCAUCUGUGCCAUCUGCUUUGGCAAGCGUUACGACCACAAUGACCAAGAGCUGCUCAGCUUGGUGAACCUCAGCAAUGAAUUUGGGGACGUGGCUGCUGCUGGCAACCCUGCUGACUUCAUCCCUGUGCUCCAGUAUCUUCCCAGCCGCACCAUGCAGCUCUUCAAGGACAUCAACAGGCGUUUCAGCUUUUUUGUGCAAAAAAUUGUCCAGGAGCACUACACCAGCUUUGAUAAGGAACACAUCCGGGAUAUCACGGACUCGCUGAUUGAGCACUGCCAGGAGAAGAGUGCAGGGGAGGAUGCCCGUGUCCCGCUCUCCAAUGAGAAGAUCAUCAGCAUCGUCAAUGACCUCUUUGGGGCAGGCUUUGACACUGUGACAACUGCCUUAUCCUGGAGCCUCAUGUAUGUCGCCUUGUACCCCGACAUCCAGAAGAGGAUCCAGGAAGAGCUAGACCAGACCAUCGGCCAGGAGAGGAGACCGAGGCUGUCGGACCGGGGCACGCUGCCCUACACAGAAGCCUUUAUCCUGGAGAUGUUCAGGCACUCCUCCUUCCUGCCCUUCACCAUCCCGCACAGUACGACAAAAGCGACGGUGUUAAAUGGCUAUUACAUCCCCAAGGAUACCUGCGUGUUUAUCAACCAGUGGCAAGUGAAUCACGAUGAGAAGCUUUGGAAGGACCCCUCAGCCUUCAACCCCGAGCGGUUCCUCAAUGCUGCGGGGACCGAAAUAAGCAGGACGGAGAGCGACAAAGUGAUGGCUUUCGGCUUGGGGAAGAGGCGAUGCAUCGGGGAGUCCAUCGGCCGGUGGGAGGUCUUCCUCUUCUUGGCCACCAUGCUGCAGCAGCUGGAGUUCAGCCUCCGCCCCGGGGAGGAGGUGGACAUCACUCCUCAGUACGGACUGACAAUGAAAUACAAGAAAUGCGAGUGCUUCCAGAUUAAGAAGCGUUUCCCCAUGAAGAGCUCUCCUUAAGCUGCAGGAGGAAGCAUCGCUUUGCAGAAGAAAGCCAGCCCGUGGAGUUGGACACUCAGCCUGCUUUUGCUAAUGCUCUCUAGAAGCCAGCACAGCCCCUCGCUGUGUUGCUUCACCGGAGGCUUGUUCAUCUCAUGUAAACGCGAGCGGGGAGGGAUAAAGCCGGCUUUGUCGGGCUCCUCGCAGCCCCCCUAGCCAGCUCCGUAGCCCUUGCCUGCAGAAAAGCUCACCAGAGGUCCAGCCUGCUCAUCCCUCUUGAGGAGGUCCAGGGGGAUCGCAGCCCUGCGGUGGGGAGGAGGAUGAUGCUUUGGGCUGGGAGAAGCAGUGUGGGAUGUCGGUAGGGGUGUCCUCGCCCUGCCCGGCGCCGCGGGCAGAGCUGGAGCUGCCGUGGGCAACUCCCUCCAUCCACCAAAUGGGAAUAAACCUGCGGGUUCCUCCCCAAAAACCCGGCCAGCCUUUUCCCACAGGGUGAGAGUCUUUCCAGCUCGUUUGGCAGAGCUGUUUGCAAAGCCUUCGGCUCCUUGUGCCGACGGGAACGGGCUCUCCCCACUGCUCCAGCUGCCUUCUGAAGGGCUCUCGAGGUGAUGCAGAGGCCAGACCUACCCCUGUGCCAGCACCCAUCUCCAGUGCACCCUGUUCUGGGUGCACCCUCGCACAGCUAAAUUCCCUGAAUGUAAAUUCGUGAAAUGAAUCCCCAAGUGUUUCUACCAAUCCUUGGUGACAGCCUGCUAGAAAAAAAAUAUAUAUCCAUAAAUAGUGCUGUUCACAAAUUGAGAAAUUAGCUAAACUCCUAACAAGAAGCCUCCUGGAAAAUAUCAAAGGACUGAGAACAAGGGACAAGGAGUAAGAGGCACAGUAGAACACUUCUGGCUUUCUACUAUGUAUUUGCUGCUUUUAACUAGUGUUUUUUUUUUUUAGCAAGCAAUAGAUUUUUAUAUUCAGACUAGUAAAAGGAGCAAGGGUUUGAGGACUGCAGGAGAUCCACCUCCUUAUGUUGCAGUCCGCUUUAGCCAGCGUGAAGGUGAAUUCUCAUGGCAAAUGGAGCAGUGCUUCCUGCUUGUUUGUAGCUGUGUGGAAUGCAUCCAUAUGCUGGGAUAUAAACUGCACAGUAUUUCUAACCCAAUAAAUACAUCAAAG